CCUCAUUUCAUUACUGGAAAACUACGGACAUUGUAGAGCCCGUAUAUGGCGUCUCCACAGGUUGGUGGUGGUCAGUCUAACUACGACUUCCCGAGGCCAACAACACCUCCUGGCGCGAAUAUAUGUUCUUCAACAACACCAUCUCUCGCCAGUCGUUGAAUGUACUGAUGGUAUAUGUUUGCUAUGGUGUGAAGAGUACAUAUAGUACAACAAGGUUUCUGAUGCAAAUAUUCUGAGCGAGCAUGCCUUUUGUUUGAAUCCAGCACUGGAGGGGUGUAGUCGUGUAGGUGUGAUAAUUAUUAUGAGCCCCACGCGAGAUCCCAGAAGCUGGAUGGAAAUAGUGUAGUAGCGUUUUUGUUGGUAACAAUGGCAGGCAGCAGCUGCUGCGUGCAUGUAGUUCUACUUGAUUGAGCAGUGGAAUGUGUGUUAUUUGCAUCGCUGUAAUAUUGUUUGUAAGUUGUGAGCAGAGUAUAUUAUUGUCUGAUUCGUUUUUCCAUGUGGCCGUCUUGAGGGUUGUUUCUUUUGGCUUGUAGGAAAAAUGGUCAACAAAUUAUGAAGCAGACGACAUUGAAUUGUUGUAUAUAUAUUAUUAGCAAUGACAUAUGUUGCAUCUUCAAAAAGGAUUUUUUAUGGUGCUCGCAAUCCGGUUAUGGUGCUCGCAACACUGAUAUUUCGUAAUUUUAUUGGAGGAGCAGUGUGCAUUCUGUCACAAUUUGGAUCAUGGACUCGAUGGAUCUUCAAAUGCUACGGCAUGAACGAAAUCUGAACGAUAAAUUAUCAUACAAAAAUUUGGGACGCGCUUGAAGCUUCUUGUUUCCAUGGGGGAAGAAAAGACAAAUCAGAAGAUGCAAAAAGGAGGGAAGGAGGCGGCCAUCCACCAUUCACCACCGACACGGUGCUAGACAGAGAUGCGGGAGGUGGAUAUGCUGUCUUUGUGCUGUUUCGUCAGUCUCACAUGAUGUUUUCCCCUUAAUUUGUCACGCUAAUUAAUUUGAUCUCAGUGUUGUGCAAUUAUGUACAGUUAGGUCGCCGUAGAAAUCAAGAAAUGUGAAAUCGUACUAGAGAUUAUAUCGAAAAAAUACUAAUGAUAUUUAACUAUGAUUCAACCGUUUUUUAUCGUUAAAAUCAUUUUUCAAUUUGAAUCUGGUAUUUGAUAUUUUCAGUCGGACCGAUAUCGAUAAAAACAAGGUUAGAACAGGAGAAGAUGCAAUGUGUAUUGUGUUGGUUCUUUCCCCUGUAUUUUACCUGGCGGGUAGCGAGAAAAGGACACAAGACUUAAAAGGGAAAGAUUAAUAUUUUUUGGGUAAGGAUUAGGGAUUGGGAUUUGAGUUGGGAGGAGGAUUGACAUUUCCUUCUUUCCUUUCUUUGCUUUUUUUUUUUUUGUUGAAUGCUCCCUUUCUUUCACUUCUGCCGCUUGCCGUCUUCGUCGCCGUAACCCCACCGUCUGGACGGACAAAAACCCGCCAUCUCACGCAACCUUAGCUAACGCCGUCACGCCUGCAACGCACCACAACUCCAAUUGCCUCUGCCUCCUUCCUUCCAUCCUUCUCUCUCUCACCUCACUGAUCAGCUUCCAGAUCUAGUCUAGUUUUUCACUUUCUUGUCAUCUUUCCUUUUCCUGACUCCUCCAGCUCGCCUUCCUUCCCUGCCAUAAACAAAUACAAAUUAUACAUGUAUAUUCAUUCAUUCGUUCUCUUCUCAAAUUAUUUUUAACCCUUAUAUCUUGGAAUUGAAUGGAAUUGAACUCCUCACUCCUCCUCGAUUAGUUCUUCAAAGCAAGCAAGCGAGCAAGCACUUUGCUCGAGUCCACUGACUGGCAUUUUAAAUUCCCAAAUCCCACCCUCUUUCGCCUGCAUUGCUACUUUCGAGUUUCCCCUUUUCUCCCAUCUCUCCAACGAACCUGAAUUGCCUGUUUCCCCAGGCAGGCAGGCAGGCGGGGAUUGGCUCUUCCUUUCCAUCUCACAGCUUCUGCCCAAGAGUUUUCUGCAAUUUCCAGGGGGUGGGGGAGAGGUAGAUCUGCUAUUGGUGAAUACCCUCUUUCUGGUUCGGCGGAUCCUAGGGAGGGAAUUCUAUGGAGACUGACGGUAAGAGAUCCGCAGUUUCCGAUGUCGGAGCCUGGGCUAUGAACGUCAUCAGCUCCGUCGGCAUCAUCAUGGCCAACAAGCAACUCAUGUCAGCCGGCGGCUAUGGCUUCGCCUUCGCAACCACCUUGACGGGUUUCCACUUCGCGGUCACGGCGCUGGUAGGCCUGGUCUCCAAUGCCACGGGAUUAUCCGCAUCCAAGCAUGUCCCCAUGUGGGAGCUCCUCUGGUUCUCCAUCGUUGCGAAUAUGUCCAUCACUGGCAUGAAUCUAAGUCUCAUGCUCAACUCUGUCGGCUUUUACCAAAUUUCUAAACUCAGCAUGAUCCCAGUUGUCUGCGUCAUGGAGUGGAUCCUUCACAGCAAGCACUACUCCAAAGAAGUCAAGUUCGCCGUUAUGGUUGUUGUGGUGGGAGUUGGUGUUUGCACAGUGACUGAUGUCAAAGUUAAUGCCAAAGGUUUCCUCAGUGCUUGUGUCGCUGUCCUCUGUACAUCCUUGCAGCAAAUCACAAUAGGUUCCUUUCAGAAGAAGUACUCUAUUGGUUCCUUUGAGCUGCUGAGCCGGACAGCUCCAAUUCAGGCGGUCUCCCUUCUUGUUUUCGGACCUUUUAUCGACUAUUACCUUAAUGGGAAGUUUAUAUUGAACUACCAGAUGACGUCUGGAGCCAUUAUCUUUUUAGUUUUAUCAUGCUCCCUGGCUGUGUUCUGCAACGUUAGCCAGUAUCUCUGCAUUGGAAGAUUCUCUGCAGUUUCGUUUCAGGUUUUAGGCCACAUGAAAACAGUGUGUGUCCUCACAUUGGGGUGGCUGCUCUUUGAAUCUGAGUUGACUUUCAAGAACAUAGCCGGGAUGUUGAUUGCAGUCCUCGGUAUGGUGGUCUAUAGUUGGGCGGUAGAAGCCGAAAAGAGUUCCGGCAGCAAGAUACAGUCCGCCAAGAACAGUCUUACCGAGGAGGAGAUCAUACUUUUGAAGGAAGGGGUGGAAAGCACACUGAUUAAGGACGUUGAACUUGGCGCGUCCAAAGGGUAGCUCGGAUAAUAGGGAAAUCGAAUUGAUUAGCAUCGCACUGUGAUCAGCUGAGACUUUCUCACCGAGGAUCUCAGGAGAAAUCAUGAUCUAUUUAUUUCAAAGGAUUUGUUCUUUUAUCGAGUUGCUUUUGAUCUAGUUUUCAUUUAAAUUAUACAGUUGUAAUUGCCCCGUGCAAAGUGGAUAGACCCUGCUCCUGGAAGCGGGAUAAAGAGGAAUGUGAACGAUAUGUUGUUCAGAAGAGAUCCCUGGCUUUCUCAUUCAUGGUGUUUCUGUGGGUGGGGAUGGUAACCAGUCUGUUCAAUACUUCAAUUCCUUGAACAGGCCGAAUCACAAUCAAGGGCAGAAUGAGAUCAUGUGCCACCAUAAACUGAGUAGAUACUUCUCAUGCUUACAUGAUAUAGACUUAUCUUCUGAGUUCACAUCACAUUCUAGUAGACCACUUAAACAGGUGAAAGUGAAAUCUUAGUCUCACCUCUUUUCUUUUGCCCUGCAUUUCCCCUACGCAUGCACGUCGAUGAACCAAGCGGUUGAUUGGUCACCCUUCUCAUGCAUUUCUCCUCAUUCAAUUCGGAAUACUGGAGUCAAAAUGUCAAAUAGUGAGGGGAAAAUGCACCCAAUAGUGGUCACUGGUGAGUGUGAGAUGAACUAUUUCAUAUUCGGUUAUGUACCAAGUUGGUUCUAGCUCACCAAUUAUGUUAACUAAACCUAACAUGGUACAUUGGCUGAUUAAAGAAGCAUAACCUAAGCUUCCAUUUGGCCAAAUAGAAGAGAGCAAAAGGUAACUUUCCUCUCGUUUCUUGGUUAACAAGAAAGAGGUUAAACUAGUGGAAGUAAGCCCAAAACUCACUUACUUUAUGAUCCAAUUAAGGAUAGCGAAAACU